ACACCACGUACAAUAACAUUGCUGACUCUGCCCUUAUUUUAUGAAAUAAAUUAGUUGUAUUCAAUAAUGUCGUAGAUUUACAACGUAAGUUCUGAGGCUGUUAUAUCACGAGAAAAGGGACUAAAUGUAGUUAUGACGUGUUGAAUUCAUAUUAUUAUUAUGAAUGGGCUUCCAACAAUGUUAAUCCAAAGAUUUAUUAUAAGUAUGACUAAUAAAACGUCUAGAUGAGGGAAUUAUCUCUAUCUGUCGGUCUCUUUGGAUGCACUCGGUGUGUGGGCAGGCUGAUAAAGUGCGUGAGAAAAUCUUUAACUAGCUCGCUGGCUCAACAUACCUCGAUAAUUUGGUCUACCCUGACAUGAUAAAGCCCUCUGUGGUCAUUAUCUUCGUCUCUGUCGUUAAUAACGUUGGCGACCAGAUCUCCUAUCACAGUUUAUGAGACCAGCAGUUCAGGUCAUCUGACGGAACAAGUUUGUUUUGGUAGCAGCGAGAUAACGUCGGACGAAAAAUGCGUGGGAGAAGCAGGAGUCCAGAUGACAGUCACUCACGACCUCAUUAAUCCCCACGGGUAUACGUUGACCUUCUACAGCCGUCUAGAGGAUGUUGCUAUUUUCUCUGGAUUUCCGACUCCGAGGAAAGAUGACAACUCAAAUCUCCACCGAAGCCAACACGUCACGCUAAACCCUCAGAGAAUGGCAGCUCCACAUGCACGUGUUGGCUUGCCUCCUCUGAUCUCUGCAUACAUGAUUCAAUACAUCAAAGACCAGUUCUUCGCCAGUGUUCGCAUGAAAAUUGCACUGAUAAUAUCAUAUUUCGCUUCAGCCAUCUAUGGACCGAUUUCAACAGAGUGCAAUAUUUUUGUCUUGUUCAGGCAUGUCACGGUUGUUCAGUAAGUAAAUAACGUGUCCAACACACAGUUGGAUGUGGUUCAACCCCAACAAGGUCUGUUCUUGUUUUCUUUUUUCCCCUUGAACUUCCACGAAUAUUUCUUGUAAGUCCAAAAUCCCUCUGUAGAAUAAAUUGCAACAUCUUUGCUAAAACUAAGAAAACAAAUCUUGUUUUUCACUUUGAUUCUGGCCUUACUUCAAGACUUCGUUGUUUUGUUUUGUUUCUUUUUUCUUCUUGUACGUAUUCUUAACCUUACUCAGGGCUAAAAGAGUGUUUGAUACGGUUUUCAACUAUUAAUUGUUUAUAAUAUUAUGUAUUUUUUUGCCUGGACUGAUCUCUUGGUCCACGGGUCGGUUCAAAAGACGGAUUCUAGACCCGUAGUAUAAUAAAUAAGGAGAAAAGAUGACAUCACACCCAUUGAUCCACCUCGUAUUUCACUACGUGGUUGUGGCAUCGCACCAUGAGGGAGCUGCGAAACCCUUGUCUUGGGACCGUACCUGAUUGACACCCGCUUGUGGUAUCUUCAACACUCAUUAAACGUAUUCAGGCACAAUUUAAUAAUUUAUUUUUAUGAGAUGUGUAUGCUCACGUGCAGGAAAACAAAUAAAAUUCAUAAACAGACAGUU